AUGGUUCACGCCACGGGCGAGGAACGCGCCGUACACCUAUCGCGAGAGGCUGUUGAGCUGAGGGAUGCUGGACAUCAUGAGGCCGCUGUCCGAAAUCUUCGAGAAGCCCUCUCCCUAGCCCCCGAUAACUCCUCUGUUAAGGAUGCCUUGCUUAAGAUCCAGCAAGAGGAAGGAAACGGUCACCACUUGAUCGACCUCUGCCGCCGGUACACCCAGAAAGACGAAAAAGCUGGGAAAGAUGCCGCUCGCUAUCUCCAGACCGAUGGCCUUGUCCCUCCGGAGAGUGUAGCACUGGACUGUGCGAAAUUGCUUCUUUCAUUCCAGGCUCGAUCGCUAUCUUCUGUACAGGAUGAUAUUAUUUCGGGCCUGGUCCGUCAGAAUGCUAGUGUGCGCCAGUAUUUCUCGAGCAAGCUUCAAGUUUCCGUGACCACCUUUUUCGAUGACAUGUACGACAGAGGCGAUGGCGCCGCAGUGUGUCUAGAUACUGUGGUUUUGGAUCACGCCGUUUGGCCCUCUGAGGAUGCUCGCCUACAUUGCGAACGCGAGCUCUUCCAGCUCUUUAUCGCCAAGCUGAUGGAAUCCGGUCACGACCUAGACGGGCGGUCUCUCAAGGGUAUUGCGCGCCUUCUAGCUGUCGAUGCGGAUCUAUUGCGCGACUUGGUCGACGAUGAGAGCCUUGAUGUGAUUGUCACGUCCUUGGAUCAUCGGCUUCCCCUUGAGUGGAGGAGUCAGGCUACCUUGGCAACAGCCAAAUACCUCGAAUCCUCACAAGACAUUGGUGAAAAGCAAUUCACCAAAAUUGUCUCUGCCAAGCUGAACAAGUCGCGCACCGAUGAUCUCACGGUAGCAUUUUCUGCCACGGCCGCCGUCUUCCCCGUUGUUCCGGAUGUUGCGGCCAGCCUUUUCCUUUCUGAUGCUUUUAUGGCUGCUCUCAAGCCGCUGACUGGGAGAGACGCCAAGAGUCGCAGAAUGGAAACAAGUGUUUUAGAACUGCUGAAUGCUGCGUGCAUCAACAACCUGAGCCGGGAUGCCAUUUCUAAGAAUCUGUCUGACUGGCUCUCCCACAUUCUUACAAACGGUAGUGAUCAAAGCUCUGAGCUUGCGGCCGUUAUCCUGGCCAAGAUUCGGGCAACUGGAAAGGACACUACCACCUCCUCAAACGGUAAGGCUCAGGAGGGUGACAGCCAUGUCACUGAGCUAGUUGACCGAUUCAAGGAACUGAUUUCGAAACACAAGGGUGAAAAUAUCACGAAUGCCAUUGAAGGUUUGGCUUACUCGUCUGUGAAACCGGAGGUCAAGGGACAACUUGCUGGAGAUUCCACCUUUUUGCGUGGCUUGAUCAAAAUCUUGCAUGAAAAGUCCAAUGACACUUCGAUUCUCUACGGGGGUUUGAUGAUCAUCCUGAACCUUACCCAAUUCCUUCCCACUUUAUCCGAAGAGCAGAAGAAAAUCUCUCAGCUAAAAGCUUACGCCGAAGCUUCUCCAAACGCGAAAAAAGGCCCCAGUGUCCUCGAGAAUGACAAGCAUGUCAUGGCUCGUUGUACCGCUGUGGUUGAUGCAGGGGUGGUGCCUGUCUUGGUGGCUUGCGGCAGGAACAACGCGCUCUCGGUUCACGACCUGAUCGGUCAAAUAAUGGUCUCCUUGUCGCGUAACCCCAAGUCGCGGGGAGCCCUAGCACAGCAAGGUGCAGCUAAACUCCUGCUCAGUCUUGCGGCUACAAGCCAAAAUGUCUCUGGCUCAAAUUCAGACAAAACGAUUCGCAACACCUCUCACGCCCUUGCGCGCAUCCUAAUUUCUGUCAAUCCGUCGCAUGUUUUUCCACUGUCAGGAGUUCCCCACGUUACUUCAGCCAUACGCCCUUUGGUUGCGCUCAUUCAAACCCCGGAAUUUACGAGUGUAUCUACCGACCAAACAGUGGAUAUGUUGCCGGUCUUUGAGAGCCUUCUUGCUCUUACGAAUCUAGCAACCCACCCGGAUGCGGCAGCGGCAGAGGCUAUCGUCCGACAUGCCUGGGAUCAACUGGAAGAUCUACUGCUCUCCAAGAAUCCUUUGAUUCAACGGGCCGCCUGUGAGCUUGUCUGUAACCUCAUGACUUGCGAGUCUGGGGUGAUAAAGAUGGCCGACGGCACCAAGCGUGCGGCACAGCGUCUGCACAUCCUGCUUGCUCUCACAGACACUGAUGAUCUUACCACUCGACGGGCAGCUGGGGGCGCUCUGGCUAUGCUGACAGAGUUCGAUCCGGUUAUCGCCGGAAUCCUCGAUCGACCCCGCGGGGUGAAACUUUUGCUCAAUCUUUGCCAGGAAGAAGAUGAUGGCCUUGUCCACCGCGGAGUGACCUGCGUGCGUAAUUUGACAUGUGCCGCAUCUGGCGAUAUUGGGCGAAGGGCGCUGGAAGCCGUCAAGCAAGAGGGAGGGGUCGAAAUUCUCAGCAGUAUGCUCAAGAAGACGCGAAAUCAGCUAGUGCUCCAAAUCGGGGUGGAAGCGCUGAAGCCCUUGGUCGGAUAG